UACACCUUUUCACCCCCUUUUUUCACGACCUUUGCUCUCCACUACCUUCACCUCUCUUGCGAUAUUUCUACCCACACGAUCCGAGAGGAAUUCUACUACCACAAUCACGAAUAGACGUCUCGCCGGAACACUUUUACCGUUUACGACUUGACGACUUGAUCGAUCCGAGAGGGCAUCAAAUAUGUCCCAACAGAACCCUUUCCAAAACCCUGGUGCGGGGGGCAACUACCCUUACCACAACCAACCCCAGCCCGGUCCCGGCGGACUGCCGUCUCAGCCGAUUCCUGCUGAUCCUCAACAAGGAGGAUACUAUGAUGCCGAUCGUGAGAUGAGGGAACGAUACGAAGGCGGUGGUGUCGGCAGAGAGACUUGGGCAAGCGAGAGCGGAUACAGUGGCGAGUACCAACAACCCGGUGCUCAGGCCAACUACUACCCGUCUCGUUCCAGCACCCCUACCUAUACCGAGGGUAGCAACGGUGGCCACCGUGGACGAGAGCCUUACCCGGCCUGGACUCAGGAGGCCAACAUUCCCUUGUCCAAGGAGGAGAUCGAAGACGUCUUGAUCGAUCUGGCCAACAAGUUUGGAUUUCAAAAGGACUCGUCGCGAAACAUCUUCGACUUUUUGAUGAUCCAGCUCGACUCGCGAGCCUCUCGAAUGUCCCCCGACCAAGCGCUCCUGACCCUCCACGCCGACUACAUCGGAGGAGAGCACGCCAACUACCGAAAGUGGUACUUUGCCGCUCAGCUCGAUCUCGACGACGCCAUCGGUGCCGCCCAGAACCCUGGUCUCGCUCGUGUCAAGUCGGUCCGAAGCAAGAAGAAGCCCAUCACGGCUUCGGCCAAAUCGCUCGACUCGGCCGUCUCGAGGUGGAGGACCGCCAUGAACAACAUGUCCCAGUACGACAGGUUGAGGCAGGUCGCCUUGUUCCUCUUGUGCUGGGGUGAAGCCGCCCAGGUCAGGUUCACCCCUGAAUGUCUGUGCUUCAUCUUCAAGUGCGCCGACGACUACUAUCGAAGCCCCGAAUGCCAGAACAGGAUCGAGCCCGUUCCCGAAGGUCUCUACCUGAGGAGCGUUGUCAAGCCCCUGUACAGGUUCCUUCGAGACCAAGGGUACGAGGUCGUCGACGGCAAGUUCCUGAGGAGGGAGCGAGACCACCAUGAGAUUAUCGGUUACGACGAUGUCAACCAGCUGUUCUGGUACCCCGAGGGUAUCGCCAGGAUCCAGCUCGCGGACAAGACCCGUCUGAUCGACAUCCCGCCCGCUCAGAGGUUCAUGAAGCUCGACAAAGUCGACUGGAGCAAAGCCUUCUUCAAGACCUAUUUGGAGAAGCGAAGCGCCGUUCAUCUCCUCGUCAACUUUAACCGAAUCUGGGUGUUGCACAUCUCGACCUUUUGGUUCUACACUGCCUGGAACGCUCCUACCGUCUACUCGCCUCGAAACUCCACCACCGCCACCAAGCCCAUGUCAUUCUCGAUGACGGCAUUGGGUGGAGCCGUCGCCUCAUUGAUCAUGAUUGCCGCCACACUUGCCGAAUUCUCGUACAUCCCGACCACCUGGAACAACACCUCGCAUCUAACGAGGCGAUUGAUCUUCCUGUUGAUCAUCCUGGCCAUCACCGGUGGACCCUCGAUCUACAUUGCCUUCUUCGACCAGAGCUCGCAAGUCUCGCUCAUCAUCAGUAUCGUUCAAUUCGGUCUCGCCAUCGCCUCGGUCGUCAUGUUCACCGUCAUUCCCUCGGGCCGGAUGUUCGGAGAUCGAGUCGCCGGCAAGAACCGAAAGUACUUGGCCAACCAGACCUUUACCGCCUCUUACCCCAAAUUGGAGAGGAGCUCGCGGGUCGCAUCUAUCAUGCUCUGGGUCCUCGUUUUCGGUCUCAAGCUCACCGAGAGUUACUUCUUCUUGACCUUGUCUUUCCGUGAUCCCAUUAGGGUCAUGGUCGGUAUGAAGGUGCAGAACUGUAACGACAAGGCGUUUGGUGCCGGUCUCUGCCGCAACCAGCCCGCGUUUACGCUCGCGAUCAUGUUCGUAAUGGAUCUCAUCCUCUUCUUCCUGGACACUUUCCUCUGGUACGUCAUCUGGAACACGGUCUUCAGUAUCGCUCGGUCGUUUGCCCUCGGCAUGAGCAUUUGGACGCCUUGGAAAGACAUCUUCAUGAGGUUGCCUAAGCGAAUCUACGCCAAGCUCUUGGCCACCAACGACAUGGAGGUCAAGUACAAGCCCAAGGUCUUGGUAUCCCAGGUCUGGAACGCCAUCAUCAUCUCGAUGUACCGAGAGCAUUUGCUUUCGAUCGACCAUGUUCAGAAGCUGCUUUACCACCAGGUUCCCUCGGACAACGAGGGCAAGAGGACCCUUCGCGCGCCCGCCUUCUUCAUCGCUCAAGGAGAGAAGAGCGCGUCCAACAUCGAAUUCUUCCCGCACGGAAGCGAAGCGGAGAGGCGAAUCUCUUUCUUUUCGCAAUCGCUCACGACCGCCCUGCCCGAGCCCCUGCCUAUCGACGCUAUGCCUACCUUUACGGUCCUGGUGCCUCACUACUCUGAAAAGAUCCUGCUGUCUCUCAGGGAGAUUAUCCGAGAGGAGGAUCAGAACACGCGUGUUACCCUGUUGGAAUACCUCAAGCAGCUUCACCCCAUCGAGUGGGAGAACUUUGUCAAGGACACCAAGAUUCUGGCUGAGGAAUCGACCAUGUUCUCUGGGCAGAACCCCUUCGGUGGUGGCUCGGAUGAAAAGGGCGAUUCGAAAAAGACGGACGACAUUCCCUUCUACACUGUCGGUUUCAAGUCUGCCGCGCCCGAAUACACCCUGCGAACCCGGAUCUGGGCGUCUUUGCGUGCGCAGACCCUCUACCGUACGGUCUCUGGUUUCAUGAACUACUCCAAGGCGAUCAAGCUCUUGUACCGUGUCGAGAACCCGGAAGUCGUUCAGCUCUUUGGCGGCAACACGGACAAGCUGGAGCGAGAGCUCGAGAGGAUGUCCCGCCGAAAGUUCAAGUUUGUCGUCUCUAUGCAACGUUACUCCAAGUUCAACAAGGAGGAACACGAGAACGCCGAAUUCCUCUUGCGCGCCUAUCCCGAUUUGCAAAUCGCCUACCUUGACGAGGAGCCUCCUCGCAAGGAGGGUGGCGAGCCCCGAAUCUUCUCUGCUCUUAUCGAUGGUCACUCCGAGGUUUUGCCCAACGGCCGAAGGCGACCCAAGUUUAGGAUCGAAUUGCCCGGAAACCCUAUCUUGGGAGACGGUAAAUCGGACAAUCAGAACCACGCCAUCGUCUUUUACCGUGGAGAAUACCUCCAGCUCAUCGACGCGAACCAGGACAACUAUUUGGAGGAGUGUCUCAAGAUCCGUAACGUGCUCGCCGAGUUUGAGGAGUUCAAUGUCUCUAGCCAAAGUCCCUACACUCAGUGGGGUAGUGCCGCCUUCUCGAAACCGCCCGUUGCCAUCUUGGGAGCUAGGGAGUACAUCUUUUCGGAGAACAUCGGUAUUCUUGGAGACAUCGCCGCUGGAAAGGAACAGACAUUUGGUACCUUGGCUGCCCGUUCGCUCUCUUGGAUCGGCGGAAAGUUGCAUUACGGUCAUCCGGAUUUCUUGAAUGCCAUCUACAUGAACACUCGAGGUGGUGUCUCCAAGGCACAAAAGGGUCUGCACCUGAACGAAGAUAUCUACGCCGGUAUGAACGCAUUCGGACGAGGCGGAAGGAUCAAGCAUUCCGAGUACUACCAAUGUGGAAAAGGUCGUGACCUGGGUUUCGGCACUAUUCUCAAUUUCCAGACCAAGAUCGGAACCGGUAUGGGAGAGCAGAUGCUCAGCCGAGAGUACUACUACCUCGGAACGCAGCUACCUAUCGACAGGUUCCUCACUUUCUACUAUGGACAUCCCGGUUUCCACAUCAAUAACAUCUUGGUCAUUCUGUCGGUCCAGGUGUUCAUGGUCGUCUUGACCUUUUUGGGUACCAUGAACAAGGAGCUGUUCAUCUGUCGAUACAACUCGAACGGCGAGAUCCGACCCGGCCAAUCCGGUUGUUACAACUUGGUCCCCGUCUACCAGUGGAUCGAGCGAUGCAUCAUUGCCGUCUUCAUCGUCUUCUUUAUCGCCUUCCUGCCGCUCUUCUUGCAAGAGUUGACGGAACGUGGAGCGGGACGCGCGAUCAUCCGGCUGGCCAAGCACUUCAUGUCGCUCUCUCCCAUCUUCGAGGUGUUCUCCACCCAGAUCUACACCCACUCGAUUUUGAACGACUUGAACUUUGGAGGUGCUCGAUACAUUGCGACCGGACGAGGAUUUGCCACCACACGAAUCUCGUUCAGUAUCCUGUACUCGCGAUUCGCUGGACCGUCGAUCUACCUUGGUCUUCGUACCCUCAUCCUCUUGCUCUACAUCACCUUGACCAUAUGGACGCCGUACUUGAUCUACUUCUGGAUCACCGUAUUGUCGCUCGCCAUCGCGCCGUUCCUCUUCAACCCGCACCAAUUCUCCUUCAGCGACUUCGUCAUCGACUACCGAGAGCUGCUUCGAUGGAUGUCUCGAGGAAACUCGCGCACCCAUGCCAACUCUUGGGUCGGCUACUGCCGUCUCUCGCGAACCCGUAUCACCGGAUUCAAGAGGAAGCGUCUCGGACUGCCUUCGGAGAAGCUAUCGAGCGAUGUGCCCCGUGCGCCUUGGAGGGCAAUCGUGCUGUCCGAGAUCCUGGCUCCUCUGGCCUUGGCGAUUAUCUUUGUCGUCGCCUACCUCUUUGUCAAGUCAUUCCCGGUCGAAGGCUCCUAUCAGCCCGGUUUGCUGCGGAUCGCUGUCAUCAGUUUGGGACCGAUCGUCUUCAACAUGGCGUUGUUGAUCGUUCUCUUCCUGAUCAGUCUGUUCUUGGGACCUUGCCUUAACGGUUAUACCAACCAGUUCGGAGCCGUCAUGGCCGCCAUUGCUCAUUUCGGUGCUGUUGUGGGGCUCUGUGCCUUCUUCGAGUUCCUCUGGUUCCUCGAGUUGUGGAACACGUCGCACGCCGUACUUGGAGUGAUCGCUGUCAUUAUGGUGCAGCGAUGCAUCUUUAAGAUUUUGAUCGCUGUGUUCCUCUCUCGAGAGUUCAAGCACGACGAGACCAACCGAGCGUGGUGGACUGGUGUUUGGUUCAACCGAGGUCUUGGCAAGCAUGUUCUCAGUCAACCCGCUCGAGAAUUCAUCGUCAAGGUUAUCGAGAUGGGUCUAUACUCUGCGGACUUUUUGAGCUGUCACGCCCUUCUCCUGGUGUUGACUAUUCCAGUCUUGAUCCCCUACUCGGACCGGUUGCACUCGACCAUGCUCUUCUGGCUUCGACCGAGUCGACAGAUCCGUCCUCCGAUCUAUUCGUUCCGUCAGCGAAGCCAACGUCGAAAGAUCGUAGCCAAAUACUCGAUCGUCUACGCUCUCAUUCAGGGAAUCUUCAUCGCCCUGAUCGUGUUGCCCCUCAUUUUCCGUCACGUCCUCGACCUAACGCCCUCUUCAGUACCCUUCAGCGGAGCCAUCUAGACGACUCUUUCACCUUCAUUGAUUAGCCACAAAGCACGACCAGCAUGUAGUAUCCGUAUUCACGAGUUGACACGGACGUUUCAUCCAUGACCCAAGAUAGAUGUUUCAAGAGAACCUAGGCAAGAUUGCUCAGACCCUGUUCGCUGUUCGCAUGAGUGCAUGACUCAUCCGAUCGAUCGACUU